CUGAAAGAGUAGAGUUGAAGUACAGUCUGUGCUCAGAGAGACGAAGAAGGACACUCUGUAUAGGUUGUGGGACAGAGUCGGAGAAGACCAUUCUGUAUAGUAGGUUGAGUGAGCAUCUGUACUGCUGUAAUUGUAAACCUGAUAGAUAUAAUGAGUGUCUCGACAAGCAACCAGUGAAGAUCUGAAAGAGACGAGAAGUAGAGAGAAGACUUUCUGUUUCGGAGCCGGUCUGUUUGUGAGAUCAUGACGAGGGAGAGACGCAUACUCGUGGUAUAUGUUUUGAUGAACAUAAUUUCGAUGUCGUGAAGUCGACUAUAGUUCUUCGUGAAUAUAAUUUCGAUGUAAACUUGUCGACUAUAAUUGUCUUCUUGAACAAUGUAAUCAACGUGAUAGACUUAAUCUCAAACGUAAUUUUUCAUCAUCUUUGACACCUCCACUCAACAUACAGACAGAGAAAACUUCUUCGGACCUCGUUCCUCCCAACAAGAGUCAACAAGGUUGCAUUUAACGAGUUGCUUCUCACGUCAUCUCUUCAUUUCAGAAAAGAAAACCACAAACAAGAAUCUUCGAUAACGAAAACCGCAAGUAGUUGUAACUACAAUUCGAUCGCUUAAUAGAGGCUUCUAGCUAGUAGUAAAAGAGUCAGGAUUUUUUAGAUUCGCAUUAUAUUCAGGAAAAGUCUUUCAACAGUCUAGAACAACAACGUUCUUAUUCACCGUCUUCUUGUUCUUCUACAAACGACGAACUUGGUGCCUUCACUACAACGAACAAAAUGUCCUUGAAGCAGGUCGCAACUUCCGCAGCCCUGUUGGGCAAUGGUGCUUCCGCAUUCCUGCUCACUCAGCAGAGUUCUACUACUGAACCUUAUGGCCUUCUAAUAUAUAGAUAUUUCUCAAAUUAUAAAGAAAACAAGAACAACCGAUUAGUUUUCAUCUCUAAAUACUACAUUCUAUCUUUCUUUCAUGCAAAAAAGUAUCUCCAUAGUUCUCAGGGAAACUAAGAUUUAUUAAAUACAACAGAGGAGUAAACAACAAGAUGAAGAUUUUCUAAGAAAUAUAACCUCGUCCUACAUUUGUUGUUCCAAAAGUUGACCUAAAAAUAUUUCUCAUUUCAUUCUCAGUGCUGUUGUAUCAUCACAGUGCUGCUCUAAAAUUAUGAGAAGGUGGCCUGCAUUCAGUACUAUGCUGUAAUUGAGAAAGCGGCGCCAUCUGCGGGCCGGCGCAUCAAGAAGAUCAAUGAUGACAACAAGGCCAUCGAACUUCGCAACAAGAACGCGGAGCCGAACAAUAAGGAGAAGAAGAAGGACAUUCCGGAGAGCAUGAAGGAAAUGUCCAAGCUUGUGGAUAAGGAUAUGUUCUCUUAAGGCGUACAAACAUUGAGAAGUCUCAGUUGCCCGUUGCCCUUUUUGUUUUCUUUUUCUAGCUACUUAGGAGUAGGAAGGAUCCACCGAGCAGCCGGUUAGCUUUCCCUCUAGUACCCUGACGCUUAGCCCAUAAUAUUAAAACGAUAUAUAUUAUAAACAUCCUGGAGGAAGGCAUGGAAAUGUUGCCGAAUCAAUGAUCCUAGUUGUGAAGGAGGUGGAUGUAGGGGAGAGGGCAUGUUGCUAGAAGAGGGCAUGCUUUUGCCGAAUAAAUUCGAAUCAUGAACUCAGAUUUAGUAAGAUAGCUCAAUACACUUAGAGUGAGAGGGACUGUAACUGUAUGCUAGAUUUAAAAAGACGAGAGUGUAUGCUAGAUUUAGAAAGACGAGAUUGUAUGCUAGAUUUAGAAAAACGAGACUGUAUGCUAGAUUCAGAAAAAACACGUCUUCUAAUUCAAGUAUGCGAAGGAGUUUGCCCUUACGUGCCAGAAGGCUGGCAAAACGCUGAAGUCGCACAUUGGCACGGACAGGAUCCUAGAGGACACUGAGGAUUAAGGGUUGGAACUUGACCUAUCCAUCGUCUGAGUGAAAGCAUAUCGUAGACCUAGAACAUAUUAAGUAUGUAAAAAGUCCUACUUUUCACCACCUACCUACUGGAGGAACAGGAAAGUUUUGUUUUAUUUCCUUCGACUAUACAGUUGGAACUACGUCAACAAUUACCCGGCUGGUCACCGGGAGCUCCGGGUGAGCAAAAUACCGCGCAAAACGUCGGAAGAUGACCAGCGCACACCCCUCGCCGAGCGCGGGAGAGCUGCGUGGCAGCAAAGUGCGGAAAUAUCCGCCGGGCGCGACCUUGUCACAGACGUGGCCUCUUUUCCGUGCGUGCCCGUGAGUCUGUCCCUAUCGUGCGUACUCUGUCAAACAAGAGGGAGAUGCGUGCUCUUCUUCUGUCUGUCAGAUCUCGCAGUGCCGGCAUCGCAUCCUCCUCGAGGCAACAGGGGCGAGAAUGAUCUGCCGACUGCUCUAGAACUGACUCCAUCUCUCUUACAAGCACGAGGAAGCUGCGCUCCGAUCUUCUGUUCCCCCUCCCUCUGUGUCAAGCGCGCAUGGCUUGCUGCUGAAGCUCUCCCCGGCGCCGUGCCUGCGUGUCUGGUGGGAUGUGCCUGGCUUUUCCGUUCCCGCCUGCCCUGUUUGUGUGUGCCUAGGAUUGGUCGCGCCCUUGCAGGGUUUCGAGAUGUGCCACCGGCCUGGUGGCGGGUGCUUCUGUGUGUGGUUUGGCUAAACUUAUUAACUCAGACAGCGCGAGCAGCUGUGAGGCUAAGGUUUUCGGCACUGGUUUUGGGCUUCGUUCCCGCUCGACGUUGUCCUUGGUGCAUUCCCCCAGUGGCUGCCGGAUACGCACAGGGACAGGCACAGCGUGCGCAACCUGUCAUCGAGGAGAAUCCGCACCGGAUAGGCCUCGCUUGUAGGUUCGUCUUUUCUUGGUGCUGAUGCUGAGAGAGACAACGAUGGCGCAGCCUCCGUCGCUUGUUCUUAGACUUAGCCACCGCACUGACUGACCCUCGCCCGCCGGGUUUUCGCCCCACAGCACGAGCGCGGGUGGCGCCUCCUCGUUCCCCUUUCGUUGUGUUCGUUAUUUCGUGUCUGGUCCGUCGCGUCCGCGUUUGCUGGUCGGUGUUCGUUGGUUUCACCACAGACAUCAGUGAGGCAUGCAGCCUCCUUGGCUUUGUCGACGUUGCUCCGCCUCCGCGUGAGUGGGUGGCUUGGCAUUAUUGUGCCACGGGCUUGGCCCAGUGCUCGUAUGCGGGGGCUGGCGGUGGUUUUAGUUCCUCGAGGCUGGGUGUAUCGUCUUCACCCACUCCAGAUUGUCGCGCGCAGGUGUGCCUAGGGGGUGGGAGUAGCCGCAUCUGCGUCGCUGCUUUCGUUUCUUUUUGCAUUUAGAUCGCUGAUUAUCGCGCUUAGAUCAGGGACCAAGGCCCCUCGGCAGAGAAUUCGGAUUCUCAUGCCGCAGCAGCCCAGACUUGCGCGCUGUGACUGUGCACCAGGACGGCCCCCUCCCCGGGUGUGAGUGAGAGAGCUGGCUCGCUGCGGCUUGGUGUGGUUGUCCUCUAGCUAAACUGCUGAGCUUCGACUUUUGCGCGCCUUGGAGGUGCUCCAGACCUUGAGGUAGUUUGUUAGGGUUGGCCCUGUCUUUGCUGUUCUUGGUUGCGGGGUACUGUAGUGCACAGCCCGCCCCGCCCCGGGUCUCGUUCGCCGCCCCCGAUAUAAUGACAAUAACACAUCAGCAAGCAGAGUCCAAAUUAUAUGGUUCCGAAGAACAUAUCUAGGAAAUUUUUCCUUUCAAGAAGUACAUUGGUACAAGUAGAGUAGGAAAGGCAUAGAAGUAGAUCACAUGCGACGAGAGUAAGAAGGCCAAGUUGUUGCAACUGCUAAGAAAAGUACAGCAACGAACUGCAGCAUCUGGUGGGGUGGUUCGCUAGCACGUCGGCUACAGAGACGAAGGACUUGAAGGAGCCAAAGGUUACGCCGCGCGGUGGCAAACCAACCGAGCCGACACUUGGAGACCAGAAGUUCGACUACUUCAAGGCUAUUGCCAACUUGGUGGACUCUCACAGCACGUUUUCGGUGAAGAUGGGUCUCUUAAGGCUAUCCCAUGGAUGUGGACCAUGAAAGAAUAUUAACUAAUAUGCUGGAAGAUAGAUCUAGGUGAACUUUAUUGAGAAGUUUUCGGAGGUUGUAUAUUAUACAACAAGACUAUCAAGUAGUGCAUAGUACCGUGGUCUGAACAAUUUUACUAUCACAAGUAAUGUUAUUGUUAAUGAUCAUCAUCAUCAUCAUCAUCCUGAAUGUAUGAAGAUAGGGAUAAUUCUUGUGGUUCGUUUCCAACUAUAUCUUCAUCUAUCCACGACUUCUAAGAGAACGCGCCUUGGAACGUCGAUUCCCUGAUAACAGUAUCAGCUGGAAAGAUUCCGUCGACGCUAUGCAUAAGAGCUUCGUCGCAAAUUGCUGCGCCGAACCAACGGAGGAUGAUCCUGCCGAGCAGAUGAACAAAUUGAACAUGGGCGCAGUCGAACGCGGCCAAGCCGAGGAAGACGCGGCAACAGCGGCCGGCAAGGCACAAAAGGAAGAGGAGAAGGCUGCAGCAGAGAAAGCGGCUGCGCAGGCAGAAGAAGAGAAAGUUAAGGCUUCCCCCAAUGAUCCAUCUCUAAUUCUAUAGGCAUGAUCCCUCAACCAUAGCUAUGCACUUGUUGCACCCGAAGCAAUACAAGUAGGGCGAAAUAUACAUUAUAGUGUCGCAUAUUUAUUGUUGAGGGAUUUCCACAGGGAUGAAUUCUCGGGGAGAGCUCUAAGAAAGCAGCGGCCGAGAAGAAGGCGAAGGAGGAGGCCGAGGGGUGCUGCCGCUAAGUUCUUGCAUGAACAAGAACUGGAUUUGGAAAAAAAAGAGGUGGACGAGGUGAAAGAUGUUGAUAAUAUCCUUGAUAAUAUGAUUGAUUAUAAUGUCAUUGAUUUUAUUUUCAUCGAAUCCAGAUGUACCUAUGUAGUUUUAGGAAUUCCAGAUUGCUGAAAGCUUCACAACUUCAAGAGCAAGAUCGUGAAAGUCAAUGCUUUACACUCUUUGGAUUAAAGUGUUAUUUUCAUCGAAUCAAGUUCAUCAAGGGAAGAGCUUAUUUUCAGACGGUGAUGAAUGGUGAGCUGCAGCUUCAUUUCUACGUGAAGAGGCUUACCUUCUUACCCUGUUUAGUUCUAAAAAAGGGAGAGCAUGUUGUUGAUAAAGAACAAAAAAUCGAAAAGACGAUUCUAGGAAAAACGGUAGUUGGUUUUCUGUGUGUGCAUGUCAAUAGUAAAUGGUUUAACAUAAGUAGAAAUAUGGUUAAGUAGAACUCAGGGAAAAUUUAGGCAUCAAGAAACUGCCAAAUAGAUUCAAGUUGCUGUUGGUUCUUAAGAAUCACAUCAAUCACACAUACAGUUACUACAGUGCUUAUCCUUAUUUUAGUUUUACCGGAACUUACGACUCCUAGUACACACACACGACGGAAGUAGACGACCAAGCUACUACCAGGAGGAGUCAUAUGUCGAGAAAGAACCGACGUACUGGUCCUACUCCUUCCUAUGACUUCAUGUUUCAUCUGCUAAGGCUUCAAGCAUUAGAUCGAAUUAUCAAAAAUUAAGAUGUUGUAUUUACUUAUCAAGACAGCUUGCUUCAUCUCUAUCCUCAUGAUCCUAGGUCUAUGAUGAUGAUGAAUAAGCUAUAAAACUAAUGUGAAUGCUCUUAACAUCUUUCUAACUUGUGGUAGUCGAAAAAUCAUGAUCAGCUAAAAAGAAUAAAAACAUAAUUAAGAAAAAAAUCAGAAUCAGUGUAUGUGUAAGUAUUUUUCUCCCUCAAUGUCUUGAAUACUCGUGAAGGAAUUUAAAAGGAGGAAAAAAACGCUUUUGCUUUUUAUUUUGGUCGUCCUCGUGGUCGUGUGAAGGUGAAACCACGUACGAGAAAGAAGUUAUUUACUGGUCCAUACACCUGAGGAGGACUCAUGCUUGAUGCAGCUUAUUAUACGAGGUACAGGUUAUAUUAAGCCUAAGCUAGUCCUAGUCAAACUCAAGAAAGUCCUCAUCUUCUACCAAGUACUAUUGAGGAGCCGUAGAAAGAGGGCGUCUUCUACAACUAGUUCUGGAUCAUUAAGAAGUAGGAGUCAGCAGGUUCUUCUCGACGACGACCAAGAUAAAAUCGCAGAAGCGCCACAGAUCGUCUAAAAUAUCUUUGUAUUCACAGACGUGGGAGCAGCAGAAUUACAUCCUUAUUUACUACAUCGUCCAAAUAAGUCAGAGGACAAAGCUCCUAGAGUCAUCAAGUCGGUCUUAGUUAUCCCUUUCUAUCCUUCUACUAUCUAUCCUUCUAUCAUUUACAAGAAGGUGGUAAGAUUGAAGUGAUGUUUAACUAGAUUCUUUGGUCCUGUAUAGAUUCUUUGGUGAUCCUCUUAGACGUAGUAAUAUCGACAUAAUAUUGUCAAUGAAUAAGUACUAAAAAUUCUAAAGAUAGAAAUAAUGUUGAUACAUGUCGUAUUAAAGGUGGAACUCCGUUCUUGGGCAACACGAGCUUUCAGGUCUUGGGCACCCGUUUUCCAGCCUUGAGUCCACAGAAUACUGAGGUCUUGGGCACUUGUUUUCCAGCCUUGAUUCCACUGAGUCAAUGGCUUGGGCACCCUGUGGUUUUCAAGCCUUGAGUUCCAUGAGUCCACUCAAAACUACUGACUUCUCUUUUUACUGACAUCAAUAUUAUAACAAGUAGCCAUCGGCUUGAUCGUCCAUAUUAUCCAACUAUAAAUUGCUGCAAUUGGCGUCGCAAUUGACACAUCGCAAUAAUGGUUGAGGGAAGACACCAAUAUAUGAGGAGGAAGCCGAUUUGGGAAUGAAAUUGAAAACUUCUACACCGUUGAGGUAGGAAACCUUGUCGAGGACAGUUCCUCCACAAGGACGAAAGCUUCCCAUACGAGGACCGAGGCUCGUGUUCUAUUUCGGUGAAAGUUGUGCCAUCUGUGUGAAAAUUCUUGACAUUCAAGUAAUGUGUGGGUCACCGUAUAUUAUGAACCCAGCGGAUGUUCCUGACAGAUUUCGUAGCGAUCGCAGCUUUGUGUUGGGACGCCUCAGCACCUAUUUGCGAAAUGCAAGAGGACGGUGGAAUAUUGCGGAUUACACGUUUUCCCACGAAACCGAAAAGGAGAUCGUGGAUAUUUUCCGUGAUGACCUUGAGGUUGUUGAGAAAGCGCGGGAAGCUGUCAGACGUCCCGACGAAGUGGUCGCCUCCGGUGAGCCUAUACAACUGAUUCUGAUGGAUGGACCCGAUCGCCAGCGAAAGGGUGUCACCAGGUUUUUCUGCUAUCCGCCAAUAGAGCAGUCCCCUGGCGCGGAGCACGGGCCUCCUCCCAUAUCUCCUGGUCGGGAGACAGUUGCGGCUCGUGUGUGAUGUAAUACUCAAGUAAGUCUUUAACCUCUCCUAUUGACAAUACUACUUCGGAAUGAUGAAGAGGCAGAGCUCUCACAAACCAUGGUAAUCGGAAGUAGAAGCACUUGUUAGUUGUACUUAUCAUCAAAAUGAAAGCUUCUCAUGCGAAAGACGCUCGUGUUCUACUCGGUGUAAGUUGUGACCUAAUAUGUGUGAAAAUUUUUCUACGACCGACCCCGACGUUGUACUAGCCAUUUUCGUGGGGUCAAGCCGCAGUCCACUUCAGGUCAUACGUCCUUUGCGGACCCCAGGGCUCCUGAUACACACAGAACACCAUUGCCGUCUUCUGUCAGAGAAAGCACAUCCCACAACUCCCCUGAGAUCUGGACCCGGAGUUGUCAGCUGGAAUUGUCGCCCUCUUCGGCGUCCGAUGUGCAAGAUGCACGGACGCAUCUAUGAGAGUGCAGAAAUGUCAUUAUGAAUCAACAACGCUCACCGGAGCACAACGAUCAUGACCAAGACAUCUCCCAUCACGGUGUUUUUCGGAACCCAAAGUAGAACUGAGGUCCAAAAUACAGGACGAAUUGAGAAUUUUCCAAGUGAGAGCACAGACACUUGAAGAUCGUGUACUGGAAAGCUAAAGAUCACUCUGUAUAGUUUGUGAGAAUGGGCUGUAUCUGAAAGAGUAGAGUUCUUGAAGUAGAGUCUGUGCUCGGCGAGUCGAAGAACACUCGGUAUAGGUUGUGGGAAUGUACUAGAGAGUCGUCAAGCAACGGAAGAUCUGAAGAGAGAACUAGAGAAAAGACUUUCUGUUUCUGAGCCGUUCUGUUUCUGAGAUGAGGGAGAGACAUACUCAAUAUUUCGAUGUGAAGUCGACUAGUAUUCUUCUUGAAAUUGAAUGUAAUCAACAUGAUAGAUAGGUUUCUAAGUAGAAACCACUACGUACCACACUAAUGAAUCUCAACAUUUUUCAUCAUUUUUGACACCAACCGACACAUACAGGGAUAAAACUUCUUCGGACCUCGUUCCUCCCAACAAGAGUCAACAAGGUUGCAUUUAACGAGUUGCUUCUCACGAAAACAGAAAAAGAUCGAUAGCUUGAAGGAUAUCUAAAAGAUUCAGGAUUCAGAUUCGCAUUCAGGAAAAUUCUUUCAACAAUCAACUUCAUCAAGAAGUUCUUCAAGAACUUGUUCUUCAUCAACAGCAUACACCUCUUCUAGAGCAACGUUGUUCAGCGUCUUCUUCUACAAACGAAGAACUUCCCUUCUACAACGAACAAAAUGUCCUUGAAGCAGAUCGCAACUUCCGCAGCCCUCUUGGGCAAUGGUGCCUCCGCAUUCCUGCUUACUCAGAAGCCGUCUGCUUAUCGUGCUAGUGAUUACGGCUCAAAUUUUUUCGAAAAAGUAUUUCCAGUUAUAGUUGUUCUCAGGGAAAUCGUAGGCAGAUUGCCGAAUAGAUUCACAGCAUCACUCCGACUUCAUUUGUUCUAUGAGUAUUAUAUAUAGAGGAGUAAACAACAAAUAGAAAAACCUACAUUUCUUUGUGCUAAGUAAAGUUGUCCAAAUAUUUCUCAUUUGUCAGUGUAUCAUCCUAGUACUAACUUCUUGGUGGAAAAGGAAAUAAUUGAGAAAAUGAUCAUGAAACUAAGACUCAAAUGGUUAAUGGCGUAUCUUUAUUUGUGAGAUGCUCUAAAGCAACAGCAAGGCCGCCUGCAUUAAGUACAUUGACGUACUUGCGCAGGCGCACGAAAAGGCGGCUAGGAUGAAGAAGGGCAUCCAAGCUUUCAACAAGAAUCAGUCGGACAAGUCGAAGAAGAAGGAGAUUCCGAAGAGCAUGGAUGAAAUGUCUAAGCUUGCGGACAGCUUCUCUUAAGGCAAACAAACAUUGGAAAGUCAUUUAGAUUCAUAAUUAAGUCUAUGCCUGGUAAAAAUACGUUCCAUCAUCAUCAUCAUCAUCAUCAUCAUCAUCAUCAUCAUCAUCAUCAUAGUGAAGGAGCAUCGUCGUAGUGCAUCAUCAUCAUCAUCAUCAUCAUCAUCAUCAUCAUCAUCAUCAUCAUCAUCAUAGUGCAUCAUCAUCAUAGGCCAGCGACGUCUAAUUCAAGCAGCAGAAGGAGUUUGCCUUGACGUGCAAGAAGGCUGGCAAGACGCUUAAGGCACACGCAGGCAUGGGCGGAGAGGACACUGAGAAGUACAGGCUUGAUCUGCUUGAAAUCGUGUCUUUUUUUGCUAACACCCCAGCUACGAAGAGGGAGGCUUUGGACAAAUUAAGGCUUCAAGAAAUCCAUCUUCCAGAACAACGAACAUCUUGGAGGGUUUCCAAAGGGAAAAGGGGCACCAUGAUGGAUGCUCGUUAAGAAAUCAAUCCUUGGAAGCUCUAACAAAAAAGCCGAAGAACACAAGAGACGCCAAUGGGGAAACGAUUGCGACCGAGGCGAAGCUUGGACACCGCGAGUUCGAUUACCGCAAGGCUCUGGCCGAGCUCGUGGACGCUCACAGUGUGUUCUCGAACAAGAUGGCUCUUUUACGGCUAGUACUAGUGUAUCGCUAUCCCUAAUCUUCCCAUGGAUGUGGACUAUAAUUAAUAUUAUAACUAAUAUGCUGUACUCAUAUAUCUUUUACCCACUAUCCUUCCUUUUUCUUUUCCUCGUUAGCUUGGCUCCACCCGUAAUAUUAACUAAUAUGCUACAACUAGAUACAUCGAGUUAGAAUGAAGAAAGUCCUCUCCACGCGGUUUUUACUCUUUCGAAAAAAAGUCCUAGUGAGGGAGAGUGGAUUCAUCACGUAUGAAUGAUAGGGCUUCUUGUGGUUCGCUUACUACAUCUAUGACAGAUUUUUUUUGAAGUUUGAUAGGGGUUCUUGUGGUAUAUAAUGAUAGGGAUUCUUGUAGUGGUUAGUUUACUACAUCAACUUCUAAGAGAACGAGACGCCGAAAUGUACUACGGAAUCAAGAACUGGAGCGAUUUCUUCAUCCCGGUGCAGCAGAGCUUCAUCGCACAAUGCUGCGGCGAACAGACGGUGGAUGAGCCUGCCGAGCAGAUGAACAAAUUGAACACGAUCGCAGCCGAACGCGCCCAAGCCGAGGACGACGCGGCAGGAGCUGCGAAGGCGCAGAAGGAAGUAGAGGAGCCUGCAGCGAAAAAGGACGAAGCAGCUGCCGCGGAAAAAGAAGCGGCUGAUAAGAAGGCGAAGGAGGACGCCGAGAAGUGCUGCUAAGUUCUUGAGCGACCAACUUAAUUUGAAAAAAUAGAGGUGGAGGAAGAAGUACGAGAAUGAGAUGCCAUCUAGUAUUCUCAUUGUAGAAGACGAAGAUGACACAGGAUGUCGUACUUGGGGGGUGCCGGAGGUGAAAAUGUUGAUAAUAUCCUUGAUAUUAUAAUCAUGUGCAUGUCAUUGAUUUUAUUUUCAUCGAACCAAGGGAAGAGCUUGAGCUUAUUUUCAGAUGGUAAGGGAGGGCCAACAUUUUCAUUUCUACGUGAAGAGGUUUACCCUGUAGUUUACGAAAGGGAAAAGAAUUUUUCAUGAUGAUCAUGUUGAUGAAGAACAAGAACAAAAAAUCGACUCGCACUAACCUGCUCGAUGCAUGUAGUUGGGCCUCAUUAACAUUGCUAAGGAUAUUUAUUAAGGAAAGUACGUUUUAUUUGAGUUGUCGAAAGGAAUUGAACAAUUACUAGAAAAAAGGGGAGGAACACUAGUAGUUCUUAACCUGCGAAUGAAAAACCUGCUCGUCAUCUUGGGGGUAGCUGGUUUACAGUGUGUGUAUUUCAAUAGUAAACGGUUUAACAUAAGAAUAUGGUUAAGAAAUCAGGGAAAUCUUAGGCAUCAAGCUGCCGAAUAGAUUCGAGGCAUCAAUCAUAUGGUUAAAAAGAGCAGAACGCGUCCGCAUUGCUUGCGCUUAUCCUUAUUUUAUUUUUACCGAAACUAGUACACACGACGACAGACCAAGCGACUACCAGGAGGAGUCAUAUGUGGAGGAAGAACCGACGUACUGGUCCUACUCCUUCUUAUGAUUUCAUGUUUCAUCUACUAGCGCCUCAAGCAUUACAUCGAAUUAUCAAAAAUUAAGAAGAUGUUGUAUUUACUUAUCAAGACAGCUUCUAUCGCAUUGAUCAUGAAUGAACUAAAACUAGUGUGAAUGCUCUUAACAUCUUUCUAACUUGUGGUAGUCGAAGAAUCUUCAGCGAGGAAAAAGAAUAUAAACAUAAGUGAAAAAAAAUAAGAAUCAGUCUAGGUAUUUUUUUCUCCCACAAUGUCUUGAAUACUCGUGAAGGAAUCUAAAAAACGGAGGAAAAAAGCCCUUUUGUUUUUAUUUUGGUCCUCGUGGUCAUGCGUAGAUCGAUGAAGGUGAAAACGGUACGAGAGUCCAUGCACCUGAGGACUCAUUGCAGCUUAAUACACCAGGGAAACUAGUCAUUAUAGUCCUGUGUGUCCCAAGUAUUGAGCCCUAGUCUUCUAGUGCUUCGCCAUCAAGAAGCAGGAGUCAGGUUCUUUGCGUUUGCCACGACGACCAGGAUAAAAUUGCAGAAGCACAGAUCGUCUAAAAUAUCUUUGUACUCACAGACGUGGGAGCAGCAGAAUUACAUCAACUGCAUCGUCCUCCAAAGAGGACACAACUACUAGAGUCAAGUCCUAUUUUCAGAUAUCUUUUAUCAUUUAAGGUAGGUGGUGAGGUUGGAGUGUUGAACUAGAUUCUUUGGUCGUCCUGUCUUGGGCACUCGUUCUCAAGCCUUGAGUCCAUCGAGACCAGUUACAAGUGACUCCUCUACUGACAUCAAUAUUAUAACAAGUAGCCAUCGGCUUGAUCGUCCAUAUUAUCCAACUAUAAAUUGCUGCAAUUCCUGGCGUCGCAAUUGACACAUCGCAAUAAUGGUUGAGGGAAGACACCAAUAAAUGAGGAGGAAGCCGAUUUGGGAAUGAAAUUGAAAACUUCUACACCGUUGAGGUAGGAAACCUUGUCGAGGACAGUUCUUCCACAAGGACGAAAGCUUCCCAUACGAGGACCGAGGCUCGUGUUCUAUUUCGGUGAAAGUU